GGCGCGGGCCCCGCCUGUUGGAGGCGCGGGACCCGGGCGGCGGCGGAGGGCUGGCCGCACGCAGGCCCGAGGAGCGCAGGCCGGGAGGUAGCGGCGCGGGGGGAGGUCCGGCGCCAUCGCCGCCGUCCAGCGCCGCCGUCCCGUCCCCUCGGCGGCCGCCCGGCCGGGACCGUGCGUGAGGCGGCGCGCCGCCCGCCCGGGCCGCCACCAUGUUCGACAAGACGCGGCUGCCGUUCGUGGCCCUGGACAUGAUGUGUGUGCUGCUGGCUUCCAUGCCCAUGGCUGUUCUAAAUCUGGGCCACAUAUACCCAUUUCAGAGAGGCUUUUUCUGUAAAGACAACAGCAUCCAGUACCCGUACCGUGACAGCACCGUCACCACCACCGUGCUCACCGUACUGGGGCUUGGGGUACCCCUUUCCUCUAUGGUUCUCGGAGAAGCCCUGUGUGUUUACUGUAACCUCUUGCACUCGAAUUCCUUCGUUCGGAACAACUACGUCGCCACCAUUUACAAGGCUGUGGGCACGUUCCUGUUCGGCGCGGGGGCCAGCCAGUCCCUGACCGACAUCGCCAAGUACUCCAUCGGCAGGCUGCGGCCGCACUUCCUGGACGUCUGCGACCCAGACUGGUCAAAAAUCAACUGCAGCAACGGUUACAUUGAACACUACGUCUGCCGAGGGAACGCGCAGAAAGUGAAGGAGGGCAGGCUGUCCUUCUACUCGGGCCACUCCUCCUUCUCCAUGUACUGCAUGCUGUUCCUGGCGCUCUACCUGCAGGCCAGGAUGCGGGGGGACUGGGCGCGGCUCCUGCGGCCCACGCUGCAGUUUGGCCUCGUGGCCACGUCCAUCUACGUGGGCCUUUCUCGCGUGUCCGAUUACAAGCACCACUGGAGCGACGUGCUGACGGGGCUCGUCCAGGGGGCGCUGGUCGCAGUGCUGGUGGUGGUGUACGUAUCUGAUUUCUUCAAGGAGAGAAAUUCUUUUAAGGAAAGAGAGGAGGCUUCUCAUACGAACCUGCAUGAAACGGCCACGGGGGAGAAUCACUUCCGGAACAAUCACCAGCCUUGAAGGUGGGGGCCGAGGGGGAAGGCCUCUCCUGUGGUGUGCACAGCCUGAGGGACUCUGCUGCUAUUCCCGACGCUCACUCUCCGUGUACAUAGCUCCCUCCCACGGCGGCUAAUAGCUCCAAGUCCACGAAGAAACAUCAGCCUUUCACUCAACAAUGCCUCACCUGUACAUUUUUAUUAAAAAUGCAAUGCUUAUGUA